AAAUCCCUCCCCACACUGCAGCUUAUUUCCCGCGUGACAAGCCUGCAGGACGAGUUGAGCAAGACUUGCAGUCGGAAGUUUCAGCAGCAGCAAAGCCUUACACCCUGCCACCAUGUCUGAAGCAUUUGAAAAAGCAGCAGAGGAGGUGAAAGUCCUGAGACAAAGACCAGAUAAUGGAGAAAUGAGUUCAAUUUAUGGUUUGUAUAAACAAGCCACUAUUGGAGACGUGAACAUGGAACGACCAGGGAUGCUCGAUUUUGCAGGAAAAGCAAAAUGGGAUGCAUGGAACGCAAAGAAAGGUUUAUCCAAAGAAGAAGCAAUGGUGGCUUAUGUGGAGUUGGUGGAAAAGUUAAAAGAGAAAUAUGGAAUGUAGAGUCUUUAAGAAACACAUCAAUAAAGAAAUACACAAGAAAAACUAAAUGUCUUUUUUUGUUUUUGAAAUAAAACCUUUUUUCCCUCAGUUUUGUAGUUUUAGAGUCUGCUACCUCAACUGUCAAGUAAAACAUAAAUUUACCACUGGCAAACUUUUUUUCUUCCACCCAAUUUUCCAUUUAUAUACUCUGAAUAGCCAGUUUCAU